AUGCCCGACCUCCUUCGUAGCGUCAUCGGCCGCUUCGCCCGACACCAGAUCGGAGCAAUCACCGCCGAGGACUUGUACGAUGAAUUCUUCGCCAGCUGCUCUCCCGAAGACCCAAGCCUCGGGUCCUUCCACCGAUUAGUGCGAAACUACCAACACGACUGGUGGAAGGAUCGCUUCGACAAGUUGGGAUUUCAGCUGCCGAUGCUGAACCUCCAUGAGGUCAUGGAGAUGGUCUGUUAUCACUUUGAACAACUGCCGAUGGGAACCAUGUUGCUUGCCGGUCCCCAAAUCACCGGUCAGGUCGAUGGCGAUGCCCUCUGCAACCAAUUUUUGGCAGUCAAGACCCAUCUCGAACGUCUCGGCACUGCCAUGGCAGUCAUGUUGGAGCACAAGACCCAGGCAGCAUCGGCUGCCGCGGCCACCAUGGCCGAGCUUGAGGCACCGAUGGAGGAGCUACUCUUUGCCUGCCAUGUCGCCGGUCGGCAUAUGUCGGUCUUACCUCCUCUGGCACUAGAUGUCCACACAAUGAUUGCAUGUCGGCAUCUCGCAAUGGUUCUUGCCAGUGCAUAUGCAAACCCAAUUCAACUCAAUUUUGACAUGAUUCGUUAUCAUGAAGCCCUCGACAGACGCUCGAGCGGCAGGAUUGCAAAGCAUGAAGAGGCUCUGCUUCAAAAAUUCCCAAAUCCGCCCGAUCAAUUGUUGGUGAAGCCCUCGGUCCUCGUGGAUUCCGGCGGCCGUAUUAUCUUAUGGUAUCUUCCAGAUGCGAUCAGCCCUUGGAUUCAAGCAAGUCCUUUCAUUUUCUAUUAUCGGCCAGCCGAUAUGGAAGAGGCCACCGCCGGCAUGAGUUUCCUUCUGAAGAAAAGCAUGUCCAGUGCGCAGCAAACAAAUUGGAGGACAUAUGCCGGUCAUUUCCAUCUCGGCAACCAAUCACUUGUCGGCGACCGACCGCCGGUAACCCCAGGAUGCAUCAAUGUCGCUCCUUGCUGGUUCCACCAAGGCCGAGAGCCGCAUGGGUUACCAGCCGCCGGUGGUUUCGUUCCAGAAGUGUCGGCCACCCUGAAGGGGGUCCAAGGUAGAUGGGCCAUGGAGAACUCCCUCGGCGACAUAUACACUUGUUUGCAACUUUGGGCCUCGGUCUUCAACUGUGCAUCGGUCAUAUGUAACCGACAAUGCCCUCCUCACCGAGAUCCGAGAUCGGCGCCAGAGGGGUUCGACCUCAUGACCAGCGUCGGCAAUUAUUCAGAUGGCCUCAUGACCCUGUCCAACCUUGGUAUUCAGCUGCGAUAUGACCCUGGUGCCAUGGUCGCCUGCUCCGGACACAUUGUUAGGCACGGAGUUACUUGUAUCGGUGAUCGUAUCGUUUGGGCAUGGUUCAUGCGAGAUAGCCUUCAUAAUUUCGUGGGGACCCCUCGGCCAGAGUACAUGAAAUACACCAAUGUAGAUACGGAUGCAUCGGCUUCACCUUAG